AUGGCAUCCUUAUCAGCUUUCAGGGUAUCUCAGCGCGGGCGCCGGGGUUUGCUCCUGCGUGGGGCCUUCCGAGUCCAGCUGAGUAGGAGCUGUCGGUCCGGGACACCGGUGAGACAGCAGCAGCAGCAGCAGCAGCAACAACACGCGUUGGAAUUGUCCUCUGAACAGGCAAUUGCAGUCCCAAGAAGAACACGGUUCUUAUCUGAUGCUGCCCCUUUUUCUGAUUUCCUGACUGAUAGCUUUGGACGCCAGCACAACUACUUGAGAAUCUCCCUAACUGAGAAAUGCAACCUCAGAUGUCAGUAUUGUAUGCCAGAGGAAGGAGUUCAGCUAACUCCCAAAUCCGAAUUGUUGAGCACCCAGGAAAUCAUCUCUCUUGCCAAGCUCUUUGUGAAGGAAGGUGUGGACAAGAUCCGUUUGACCGGAGGAGAGCCUCUUAUCCGGCCUGAUGUGGUGGACAUCAUAGCUCAGCUACGCAAAUUAGAAGGGUUGAAAACCAUCUCUGUCACAACCAAUGGAAUCAAUUUAGCCAGACUGUUACCCCGGCUAAAAGAGGCUGGCCUAGAUGCUAUUAAUAUCAGCUUGGACACCCUGGUGCCAGCUAAAUUCGAAUUCAUUGUCCGUCGAAAAG